AUGGUAACAAUAUCUGUGACACCACCAAUUUUAUCUUCGACCGGAAGUUUGAAAGGAUCUGCAAAAAUGGAGGACGAAAACCGGAGCACUGCAUUUCAAAGCUCCGUUCCAGAGUUGUGUCCCGUUCCGUUACCCAAAAAUUUUAAAAAUAAAAGAAUACGUGGAGGAAUGCCACUCCUCUCCGCAAAUGUCAUCAACCAUAACAGUCAUUCCAAGAAAUUGUCUAGUCCUAGAAGUCCAACAUCGUUAAGGCUUAAUGUUCUUGAUCCUUUGGGAAAGAAAAUGAAUUCGAAGGACGAAAAAUACCAAGAGUUUAAUUCGCAACCUCUCCUUCUUCCAAAUGCUCCUAAGACGGAUUCAUUUGAAGCUUCAGAAGCUGGCCUUUCAGAAGCGAUUGUGGUAGACCUGGAUAUAUCAAAAGCUGAUACUUCUCCUACAUUAAUCAAAAACUUUGAGACGAAGUUGAAAUUAUCCGAUAAGUAUGAAAGUCAAGUUCUUCUGGAUAAAGAUAUAAGUGAGUUUUCUGGUGCAGAGUGGAAAGUUAUAGCAGAAGCAGGCAAAUUGGACACACUAGAAGUGUUGGGUGAAGGCAAUGGCGGGUCUGUGAAGAAGUGCAGACUUGGAAAUUCUAAGAGCCAGAUUUUUGCACUCAAAACGAUAACCACGGAUCCUUCUCCUGAAUUUCAAAAGCAGAUUGUGAGAGAACUAAACUAUAACAGACGCUUUAAAAGUCCGUAUAUUGUGAAAUAUUACGGUGCGUUCCUGAAUGAACAGGAUGCAUCCAUAUGUAUAUGCAUGGAGUAUAUGGGUGGCCGGUCAUUGGAUGCGAUAUAUAAAACCUUUAAGAAAAGGGAUGGGAGAAUAGGUGAAAAGCCAUUGGGAAAGGUUGCUGAAGGUGUCCUCAAAGGCCUUUCUUAUUUAAACCAGCAAAAAAUUAUGCAUAGGGACAUUAAACCUCAAAAUAUUCUUUUAGAUGUUCAUGGAAAUGUGAAACUGUGCGAUUUUGGUGUUUCCGGAGAAGUUGUUAAUUCGUUAGCCACUACUUUUACGGGCACUUCUUUUUAUAUGGCACCAGAAAGGAUAAGAAAUGAACCCUACACAAUUAGUUGUGAUGUUUGGUCUUUGGGUCUCACACUGUUGGAAGGUGCUAUGGGUAAUUUUCCUUUCACUGCUCAAAGUUCAAACUUAGAAAUCUCCCCAAUUGAUUUACUUUUAAUCAUUUUAGAAUUUCAACCCAAUCUGCAAGAUGAACCAGAAGAAGGAAUCCAUUGGUCAACCAGUUUCAAAGACUUUAUAAAGGUAUGCUUAACAAAAGAAGGGCGUAAGAGACCUUCACCUCGUCAAAUGCUUGAGCAUCCUUGGAUAAGAGGACAAAUGCGCAAAAAAGUGAAAAUGGAGAAACUUGUGGAGUAUUGUUGGGGAACUUAG